CGGGGCCCCGUGCUGGGGCGUGGGCGUAGGCGCGGCGUGGGCCGGGCGCUGCUUCCCCUCGCUGCCUCUCCCCCUCUCCCCCCGCUCCCCUCCGCUCCGCUCCGUCUCGGCCCGGCCCGGCGGGGACGCCGCUCUCCGCUAUGCCUCCUCCGUGCCCCCGCGGGGCCCUGCCCGGGGCCUUCCUCCUCUUCCUCCUCCUCCUCCUCCUCCCGCUGCUCUGCGCGGCCCCCGACGUUUCGAGAGGAAAUAAGCUUAAACUGAUGCUUCAAAAACGAGAAGCCCCUGCCGCCGUGAAGCCUGAGGUGUCGGUGAAAGAGAAGGCGGCCAAGGAGUUCCUGAGCAGCCUGAGACGCCACAAGCGGCAGCUGUGGGACCGCAGCCAGCCCGACGUGCAGCAGUGGUACCAGCAGUUCCUGUACCUGGGCUUCGACGAGGCGAAAUUUGAAGAUGACAUGUCCUACUGGACGAGUUUAGGGCGCGGUGGCAAUGAGUACUACGGUGGAUACUACCAGCACCACUAUGAUGAGGAUUCACCAAUUGGCCCACGGAACCCCCACACCUUCAGGCAUGGGGCAGGCGUCAACUACGAUGAUUACUAAUGCCAUUUCUCCUCCUUCAGCUGGUACCUAUAGGGCAGUGAUGGGCAAGGUUGAGUCACAGUGGCCCUGCUUCCCUGCUGUUCGUGUAGAAAAGCAAGUGUAAAGGAGCUGCCAGAUUUUGAAACGAGAAAUAUGACUUUUUUAAACUAUUGUUACUUAGUAGUACACUAUAUAGAAAGUGUUAUAGAAAUAAAGCUUUUUUUUUUUUUUGAUAAAAUAAACAAUUUUCCAUUAUUUAGUAGAGCUGAGUAGAGUGAGUUUCAUUGAGCUGUAUUACUAGAGAUUACUUUUUAAAAGGCUUUUUCAUUUGCUUUCCUACAUCCAAUUGUAAAAUUACAUUAUGUCAUCUAGCUUGGCAUAUAGAGCAUAUAAUAUAUGCCAAUACAUAUCAGAUGUGCUUGCUGAUUCACAUUUGUGUGAACAAAUAAAUCCAGUUAUUCCUAGGGGAAAAGAAAAAAGAAAUCCUCUCAAAUGAAAGCUGCCAUGUUGCCUCCUCUGAUAUUUCCAUACCUACUGCCCACAGCCUUACAAACUUGUGUGAUAUGGCACCCUUACAGUUCCUGUUGGGGCAAGGAGAAAGACGUUCACGAAAGCUAAAUACA